CUGGUUGUAACCCUUUCGGCGUCGAUCGGCAGCUUUCUCUACUUCCACCAUGGUGGCCGCGAAGAAGACCAAGAAGACUCAUGAGAGUAUCAACAACAGGCUCGCUCUCGUCAUGAAGAGUGGGAAAUAUACCUUGGGAUACAAAACCGUUCUCAAGACCUUGAGGAGCUCUAAAGGUAAGCUGAUCAUCAUUGCCAACAACUGCCCUCCACUCCGAAAGUCUGAGAUCGAGUAUUAUGCGAUGUUGGCCAAGGUUGGAGUUCACCAUUACAACGGAAGCAAUGUAGAUCUUGGAACUGCGUGUGGAAAGUACUACAGAGUAUGCUGCCUCAGUAUUAUCGAUCCUGGCGACUCUGAUAUCAUCAAGAGCAUUCCCGGAGACAGUUAGUUUGCAACUUCCUCUCAGAUCAUAGAUUUUUGUUUCAGAGUUUCUUUUUCAAUCCAUUUAAUUUUGGGGUGAACGUAGUGAUGUGUUCCGCUUGCGAAGCAUGUUAUUAUCGAUCGAAUGGUUUCAAUAUAAACUUUUUAUGUAUGCCAGAUCUUAUUCCAGAAUACUUGUUAUAUUAUCUUGAUGUUCCACACUACCCUUAACUGAUUUCAAA